ACACCGCAAGGCGCCCCCUUCUCCCCAAGCCAGGAGGCGUUUCAAGUCGCAGCCGGGGCCUCCAGAGCCAAGGCCGGAAGAAGUCUGAGAGCCCGGGGCUCAAACACCUCCAGGCGGGAGGUGAGGGAGGAAUCCUCCGCGCGAGGCUGCCCAAGGGGUCUCAACCUGGCUUUCCCAUCCCGCCGGAAAGCUUGGUUCCCCGGACCCCGCAGCGGAACUACAAUUCCCAGUACCGCAGCCGCCCGGACUCCCGGAAGUCGAAGUGAGGAGCGGAGGAAGCUGCUGAGACCCCGCCAACAGGCCAGGGAUUAAUUUUGCAAGAAAAAGGGGGCGGGAAGGGCUGUGGGGCACCUGUCAAUUCGUCACCAUGAACGUGGUUUUUGCUGUGAAGCAGUACAUUUCCAAAAUGAUAGAGGACAGUGGACCCGGUAUGAAAGUACUUCUCAUGGAUAAAGAGACGACUGGAAUAGUGAGUAUGGUAUACACACAAUCAGAGAUUCUUCAGAAGGAAGUGUACCUCUUUGAACGCAUUGACUCUCAAAAUCGAGAGAUUAUGAAACACCUGAAGGCCAUUUGUUUUCUUCGACCUACGAAGGAGAAUGUAGAUUAUCUGAUUCAGGAGCUCCGAAGACCCAAAUAUAGUAUAUAUUUUAUUUAUUUCAGUAAUGUCAUCAGCAAGAGUGAUGUGAAGUCAUUGGCUGAAGCUGAUGAACAGGAAGUUGUGGCUGAGGUUCAGGAAUUCUAUGGUGAUUACAUUGCUGUGAAUCCACAUUUGUUCUCCCUUAAUAUUUUGGGCUGCUGCCAGGGUCGAAAUUGGGAUCCAGCGCAGCUAUCCAGAACAACCCAAGGACUGACAGCUCUCCUUUUAUCUCUGAAGAAGUGUCCCAUGAUUCGUUACCAGCUUUCGUCAGAGGCAGCAAAGAGACUCGCUGAAUGUGUUAAGCAAGUGAUAACUAAAGAAUAUGAACUUUUUGAAUUCCGGCGAACUGAGGUUCCUCCAUUGCUGCUUAUUUUAGAUCGCUGUGAUGAUGCCAUCACCCCAUUGCUAAACCAGUGGACAUAUCAGGCCAUGGUCCAUGAACUAUUAGGGAUAAACAACAAUCGGAUUGAUCUUUCCAGAGUUCCAGGGAUCAGUAAAGACUUGAGAGAAGUGGUCCUGUCUGCUGAAAAUGAUGAAUUCUAUGCCAAUAAUAUGUACCUGAACUUCGCUGAGAUUGGUAGCAAUAUAAAGAAUCUCAUGGAAGACUUUCAGAAGAAGAAACCAAAAGAACAGCAAAAACUAGAAUCAAUUGCAGACAUGAAGGCAUUUGUUGAGAAUUAUCCACAGUUUAAGAAGAUGUCUGGGACUGUAUCAAAGCAUGUGACAGUGGUUGGAGAGCUGUCUCGGUUGGUCAGUGAACGGAAUCUGCUGGAGGUUUCGGAGGUUGAGCAAGAACUAGCCUGUCAAAAUGACCAUUCUAGUGCUCUCCAGAAUGUAAAGAGGCUCCUACAGAACCCCAAAGUGACAGAGUUUGAUGCUGCACGUCUCGUGAUGCUUUAUGCCCUACAUUAUGAACGACAUAGCAGCAACAGCCUGCCAGGACUUGUGAUGGACCUCAGGAAUAAAGGUGUUACUGAGAAGUAUCGAAAGCUCGUGUCUGCAGUUGUGGAAUAUGGUGGUAAACGAGUCAGAGGAAGCGAUCUGUUCAGCCCCAAAGAUGCUGUGGCCAUUACCAAACAGUUCCUCAAAGGACUGAAGGGAGUAGAAAAUGUGUAUACACAGCAUCAACCUUUCCUACAUGAGACCCUGGACCAUCUCAUCAAAGGAAGGCUUAAGGAAAACCAGUACCCUUACCUAGGCCCCAGCACACUCAGAGACAGCAAAUAGUCCAAGAAGCUAGACUAUAUGAAGAAAGAACACAGCAUCAGGAUUGAAGAAAGACUCGUUAACAACCUGUAGUAUGCAGAUGACACAACCUUGCUUGCUGAAAGUGAAGAGGACUUGAAGCACUUACUGUAAGAAGAUCAAAGGCUACAGCCUUCAGUAUGGAUUACACCUUAACAUAAAGAAAACAAAAUUCCUCACAACUGGACCAAUAAGCAACAUCAUGAUAAACAGAAAAAAUUUUGAAGUUGUCAAGGAUUUUAUUUUAUUUGGAUCCACUGUUAGCACCCAUGGAAGCAGCAGUCAAGAAAUCAAAUGACGUAUUGCUUUGGGCAAAUCUACUGCAGAAGACCUCUUUAAAGGGUUAAGAAGCAAAGAUGUCACUUUGAGGACUAAGGUGCAUCUGGCCCAAGCCAUGGUUUUUCAGUCACCUCAUAUGCAUGUGAAAGCUGGACAAUGAAUAAGGAAAACUGAAGAAGAACUGAUGCAUUCGAAUUAUGGUGUUGGCAAAGAAUAUUGAGUAUACUGUGGACUGCCAGAAGAAAGAACAAAUAUGUCUUGGAAGAAGUACAGCCAGGAUGCGCCUUAGAAGGAAGGAUGGUGAGACUUAGUUUCAUGUACUUUGGACAUGUUAUCAGGAGGAACCAGUCCCUGGAGAAGAACAUCAUGCUUGGUAAAGCAGAAAAUCAUUAAAAAGAGGAAGACCCUCAAAGAGAUGGAUUGACACAGUGGCUGCAACAAUGGGCUCAAACAUAAGCAACGAUUAUGAGAAUGGCACAGGACCAGGCAGUGUUUCAUUCUCUUGUACACAGGGUCUCUGUGGGUCAUAACCAACUCGUUGGCACCUAAACAACAACCUAAAUAUAUAUGCAGCUAAGAGUUCAAUUGCUUCAUCUUUUUAUACAACAUGUAUUUAUUAAAUGCAUUUUAAAAUGCCAAGAGCUAUUGUAGAUGCUGGGGAUAUAGAAGUGACAGGAAAGAAAAGAUUCCUGCCCGUCAGGAACUUGUAUGAAAAGAACAGAUAGUAAACAAGUAAACAAAGAAUAUAAUUUAAUUAAGUGCUAUAAAGGAAAUAAAUAGGGUAAUAAGCUACAAAGUAACUUUGUAGGGGUGGGGAGGUCUAUUUAAGAUGGACAGAGUCUGUUUGAGGAGGUGGUAUUUAAGCUGUGUUUUGAAUGACAAGAAAGAGCCAAUCACAUAAUGAUCAGGAGUAAAAAGCAUCUCAAGCAGAGGCAACAGCCAGAACAAAGGCCUUGAGGAAAGAAAGUUUGUCCCGUUCAUGGAACGGAAAGAAGUUCAGUAUGGUUGGAGCAUAGUGAGGAGAUCAAAAAAGCCAAACCUGUUGCCAUUGAGUCAGUUCCAACUCAUAGUGACCCUAUAGGACAGAGCAGACCUGCCCCAUAGAGUUGCCAGGGAGAUAAGAGGAUGAAAAGAUAGGCUGAAUCAUAUAGGGCCUUACAGGCCCAGGUAAAGAGUUUAACUUCUAUUUCAAAUGUAAUAGAAGGUCAUUGAAGAACUUUAAGCAUGUAAAUUACAUGAACUGAAUUAUGUUUUAAAACAUUACCUUAUGGGAAGAAUGGAUUAUUGAGAGCAAGAAUAAAAGCAGGGAGAGAGACUGCUUAGGAGGCUGCUGUACUAGUUCAGGUAAGAAAUGAUGGUGAUUUGGACAAGGAGGCUGGGAGAGAAGGUAGAAUCAAUAGAUUUAUUAAUAAAGUAGAUUAAUGGGAGGAAGAUAACAGAAGUCAAGAAUAACUCUAAGGUAUAAGGGAUGAAUCGAGUUCUGAUGUUAAGUUGGAGAUAUGUCACAUAUAAAAUUGGAAGUCACCAAGAUGUUGAUGAUAUUUAAAGCCAUGGUUCCAGAUGAAAUCACUAGGAGGAGAGCCUAGGACCAAGCACUGGAUAGAGGAUGAGGAGCCAGCAGUGUGGACACUGAGGAGGAGGCAGAAAGGCAGGGAGAAAACCAGAGAGUAUAUGAGUUUUCUAGACGUGCUUUACCAAUUACUGCAAAUUGGGUGGCUGAAAACAAGAGGAAUUAAUUUUUUCACAGUUCUGGAGCAUAGAAGUCUGAAAUCAUGCAGGGCCAUGCUCCCUCCAAAGGCUCAUGGGAAGAAUCUUUCCUUGUGUCUUCUAGUUCUUGGUGGUUGCUGGCAAUCCUUAGGGCUUCUUGGUUUAUGACAGCAUAAUUCCAAUCUCUGCCUCCUUCUUCACAUGCCCGUUUUCCCUGUGCGUGUGUCUGUAUCCAAAUUUGCCUCUUAAAAGGUCACCAGUCAUUGGAUUAGGACGCACCUUAAUCCAGUGGCCUCAUCAUAACUUGAUUACAUCUGCAAAGAUUCUAUUUCCAAGUAAGGUCACAUUCAGAAGCUCUGGGUGGACAUCAGUUUGGGGUAUAGUGUUCAGCCCAGUACGACAUGGCAUAAAGACUAAGGAGUGAGUAGUAAGCUGUUCCUAAUCUUCUGAGAGGUAAAGAAGGUGAAGACAAUAAAUAAUUCAUCAAAUUUGGUAGUGUGAAGGUCUUUGGUGGGUUUACUCCCCAGGUUCAGUGAGACUGGAAGCCCAAUUAGAGAGGGCUACAAACUAUGAGAUAAAGGGGAGACAACAAAUAUAUAUAACACUUUUUAAGAAGUAUUGUGUGAAACAGGCAGAGAAAUGGGACGGUGGUAACUAGAAGAGGCUUAAGGGAAAAGUUUUUCAAAGAUUGGAGGUUCAAGGUGCCCAUCAGCGGAUGAAUGGAUAGAUAAAUUAUGGUAUAUUCACACAAUGGAAUACUAUGCAUCGAUAAAGAACAGUAAGGAAUCUGUGAAACAUUUUAUAACAUGGAGGAAUCUGGAAGGCAUUAUGCUGGGUGAAAUUAGUCAGUUGCAAAAGGACAAAAAUUGUAUAAAACCACUAUUAUAAGAACUCGAGAAAUGGUUUAAACAGAGAAGAAAAUAUUCUUUGAUUGUUAUGA